AAAAAAUUCGCCUCCGCGGACGACAUUGUGCAGAAUUGCACAAGCAUUUCGUUGGGUUUGCCGGGGAAAUUGCCUAAGUUUCAACGCGAGGCUGCAAAAGAGAGAAGCCGCUGACACGUCGUUUCUUAAAAGCGUCUGCACAGAGGCAAUAUUUCUUUGACAGCUGGCAGCCUUGCAUGGAAAGGAAAGGCAAGGAAAGGCAAAGAAAGGGUCAUCGGGCUCUGCAGAAACGCGUCGCCAUCAUUGCAUUCCUGGCUUGAUCAAACCUUCUGGCACACACCGCCUCCGCGAUUUCGAAAGAAGGGACCCUCUCGUCUCCCCCCCCCUUUCUGCUCCAUUAAAAAGUUCAGACUUCGGACACCGUCGCCGGCUUUGGCCGCACUGGCUAUCGACGUAACCGAGGAGGAAGAGAAGGGAGGGAAGGAGGAAGGAGGGAGGGAGGGACGAUUUCCAGCUCGCCUCAGCUCAACGUCGGGAAUCGGCCGGCGGUGCAAAAGGAAGGCGCGGCCGUCGGAAAAGCGCGCGAGCGCGUAAAACUGAAGGACCGGAGAGCCGGAGCUGGAGCUGCCCCGGGAAAGAAACAGAAAAACAAUGAAUACAUAUAUAUUCAGCUAUUAUUUAAUUCAGUUUUGCGGACAUUCAUGGAUAUUUACCAAUAUGUUCAUCAGAUUCCUUUCAUUUGGGGAAGAUUCUGUUGCAGACACUUUCCAUUCUAUUGGACUUGUGAUGCGUAUUUGCCAGCUAGUAUCUAUACUAGAGCUUCUGCAUAUUCGAUUUGGCAUUGAGAAGGAUCAGUUUUUUCCAAGAUUCUUACAGAUCACAGAAAGAAUUGUCAUCUUAUUUGUUGCAAUAGCAAGUCAAGAAGAAGUUCAAGGGAAAGGCAUUGUAUGUGUCUUAUUUUUCCUUUGGAGUUGCAUUGAUGUCAUCAGGUACACAUAUUGCAUAUUAUUGGAGACGGGGAUAUAUUUUCAAGGACUAGCGUGGCUCUACCAUUCGCUAUGGAUUCCUUUCUAUCCUCUCUCUGUUUUGGCUCAAGCAUUUGCCAUAUAUGAAUCAUUGCCUCAUUUUGAAACCUCAGGCACUUAUUCCAUCCGAAUACUCUUUCCAUUUGAUCUAGCUAUUUACUUUCCCUAUGUACUGAAAAUUUACAUGGCAAUGUUAUUUGUGGGUAAGUUCUUUUAUUUCUUAGCAAAUACACCAGAGGAUGUAUAUGUAAGGCAUUGGCAGGAUUGGGUACUACACUCCCAUCCCUCACUGGGGCCUGACUGGUACAGGAAGAUCUUUAUUCACACAAGCCUCCCCUCUCUCAUUAUACCAGUGUAGUGUUUAAAGGUAUUCAGCAGUUACAUCAGAUUCCUGGUCAAACUAUAUACUAACUCUGAAUCAGCUAUAAACAGAUGGGUACAGUAUAUAUUAAUGCAAAGCUCUCAUCAGCUAUAGUGUGUUUUCCCACAUAUACUGAAUCCCAAAUGGAAAUAAUCAUGCCUAUUUCUUUAAAUGAUUUAAAUGACAAUGUAUUUCUUAAUUGUCAGAAGUGGGCUACUCUAUCAGGAGCCGUGGUGGGGCAGUGGUCAGAAUGUAGUAUUGCAGGCUAAUUCUGCUGACUGCCAGGAGUUUGAUUCUGACCGGGUCAAGGUUGACUCAGCCUUCCAUCCUUCUGAGGUCGGUAAAAUGAAAAACCAGAUUGUUGGGGGCAAUAGGCUGACACUAUAAACCGCUUAGAGGUCUGUAAAGCACUAUGAAGUGGUAUAUAAUUCUAAGUGCUAUUGCUAUUUUGUGUGUUCAGCUAUUUGGAUAUAUGUAUACUUAUAUAUGUACUGUUCAGAACACAAAUUAAUAUUGCCCAACACAUGGGUGUCAAACUCGCCAUGUCACAUUGAUGUCACAUGACAUUGCGAUGUUUGCCUUCAUGGAGCUGGGGUGGACGUGGCCUGUGCAUGAUGCAUCUGGCCCACGGGCCACCAGUUUCACAUAUCUGAUCAAAAAGAAUGAGGAUUGUCCUGCUGUCAUGAUGAUUUUCCUAACACCAUUUCAAGUAAUUUUGAGCCUAAUUUCCAUCUUCAUUUUGUUAGUAGUCCUAGUACAGAUUUUAUUUUUUUCUGAAGAUAUUAAACAAUAGGAAACAAAGAAUCUUGGAGGUCUAAGCAAAGAUCUCUGUGGCUACUGAAUCAGGAAAAUGUGCUAAUUUUUUCUAAAAUGUAAGUUGCUGUAGGUUAAAUAAAUAAUUUCAUUCAUUUUAAAAUAAAUACAUUUGAACAACUUUAAGGUCUGAGGAUUUGGGAGAGAGACUAUUAUUUGAUAAGAGUAAUGCUAUUAUGUACUUUAUGUUUCUUUUUUUCUUUUUAUGUUUCAAACACUGUGGUUUGGGUUUAGGUGCAUACUUCAUUGUUCAAUAUCUUUAUAUGGAACGGAAGACUUAUCUAGGAAGCAACAACAUCAAAGAGAAAAGAAGCUAACUCACGUUUUCGGUGGGAAAUGACAAAUUUCACCUUCCUAUGAAACAGCCUUUGCAACAAUUACCAAUGUAUCUAGUCAUUUGGAGAUUUCAAGUUUAAAAAAGCACACUACACUUUCUUAGCAAUUAGAUCGUCACUAACAGACUUUGUAUACAGAGGCACACCAGGCAGAAUCAAAAGAAUUCCUUGUCUGCGUAAACACGCUUUCAAUAGCUUUCUCAUAUUCAGUGGAAUGCAAAAGCUACGUGCUCUAUUGCUGUUACAGUUAAUGAGAACAUUACCUCAUUUAAAAGGCAGGAUAUUAUGUGCAUGCAUGUGUGUGUAUGUAUAUAUAUACACACUGGAGAAUUCUUUUAAAGUUAUCUAGGAGGUGUUCAUUGUUUCGGACGCUGCCAAAAAGCACCACAGCCAAAACGACCUUAUUCUUCCAACCUAAGUUUUUUUCAAUUGGUUUGAAGAAAUAUUAUGUGACAACCAGAAAAAAUGAUACAAUUUGAUAGCAAUAAUUAACCUUUUUAAAAGUAGGAUAUAUUGUCGGGCAUUUUGUGUGCGCCUAAAAUUUUGAUUAUAUGUCUGGUGAUAUGUUGCAAAUCGUAACAUGUAUCCACCCAAGUAUAGAUAAAAUAGGAAUGGGCUUUCUAUAACUCAGGAACCUUAUUUAUUCCCAAAUCUGUAUUUUGCUAUUCUGGAGCUUCUUAGGAUAAUGCCAUUGAAAUUUAAUGGCAAAAGGCUUCUUAUCAGCCACAUGAUUUUAAAUAUGUUUUUAGGAUUUUCAAAGUAAGUAUGCUAAGCCUUUCAAAACCUUAAAACUCUGACUUCUUGUAUUCUUUCUCUCAAUCAGCCACAUCCCUGAAAUGCUGAGGUUGAAAAGUUAUUUUUAAAAUGGUGCUCACCCCUCUGUUAAAGCAUACGUGUGAAUGUAUUCCUUAUGAUUAGUCGUUAUAUAAUAGUAGCAACAUUUUUGAAAGUCCUCCAAAUUUCAACACUGAUUGCCUUCUCCUUGUGACUCCUUAUUUUUAAUCUAUAUUUUUCCUUGGGGAAAUCCUCCCUUUUCGUGUUCCAUAGUUGCACUUCAUUUCAGAAAUGCAUGUAUUUAAAGGAAGAAUAAAGUAUGCUGAAAUGAGUGGAGAUUUUAGGGAGAUAGAAAUAUUGAUGUUCAAAACAUUGGGAGAUGGGUAGGGAUAAUAGGUAGAGAAAUCUUGAUAUUAACUAGGUACAGAAACCAGAACUUUUUAUAUGAAUGUUGUUGGAUCAAAUCCCUCCAUCAUGCUUCUGUAGCUUUUUUUCUGGGAAACUUUGUUUUGAUCUGAGGCUUAAAUAUAGUUUAGGGUGCUAGGAUCCUCUUCCAUGUCUUCUCUAUCACCAUAAGUGAACUUUUUUUUUAAGUCUAUGACCUCAUAUUUUGGAGCAAAAUUAAAUGCUUAAGGCAAGAAAACCUAUCACUUGGCCAUACAGAGGCCUAGUUCUGAUUAAAAUGACACACCUCUGUUUGAACUAUACUCCUCCAUACUUGUAGGCUCAUUAAUGUGAAUGCAUCUCCAUAUAAAACAUUUUUUUCCACAGAGAAAACCAGUGCAAAAUAGGAUCAUUUAUUUCCAUGUUGAAGGAACCCUUGGGGAAAUACUUUCUUGUCAGCCUAAUUUCCUUGGUACCGAUAGUGGCAGUAGGAAUAUCAAUGAACAGUGGGUAGCCGCAUUGUCUAACAAAUAAAACACAUUCAAAAGUUCAAUUUUUCAAGGCAACAUCUUUAAUCUUGCCACUCUAAAGUUGUCAAGUGCAAUGCUGACCAACGUUUUGUGAAAUCUUCUUGCCUUGUUUAAACUUCCUUACCCAACUCCCACUUUCUACUAGUAAUUCUUUCUUUCUUUCUUUCUUCCUUCCUUCCUUCCUUCCUUCCUUUCUUCCUUCCUUCCUUCCUUCCUUCUUUUUCUUUCCUCUCUUUCUCAUUAAUAGAACAAAUAGGGAGGAUUUUUCAAUAUAUAUAUAUUCAAAUAGGGAAGAUUUUUAAGUCUCUUUCCCCAGGAAAAAUAACAAUAUGUCUGUAACAGAAGCUCUUAUUCCACAGCAUAAAAGAUUUUUAGCAAGGCAUGUAUCACCAACAUAUACGGUAUCUGUUUCUUCAUGAUCCCUACCAGCCAUAAGCUUUUGUCCAUACUGCUUUCUUCUUAAACUCUGGGAGAGAUCUCAGGGCCAAUAAAGAAGCUGUUAAAAGAACACACACAAUAUCAGCAAUGGAAACAGAAACAAGCCUUCUGCUUGUUGCCUGCCUGCAAGAGUUUGAAAGUCAAUUAACUUCACAGGUAAAACUCCCUUGGAUUAAAUCAAAGGCCCAUCAAACCCAGCCUUCUUUUUCUGAGAGCAGCAAGAGUUUACGGAAAAUCCACAAACAGGAACUGAACAGAAAAAAACGCUUGAAUUCUUCACAUCUAGAAGCCAAUAAAAGGCUCGUCCUCUAGGAAAAGUAUUUAUAUGAAAAACAUUUCAAAAUCCCUGAAGUAGCCUUUUUUAGUUGAUGUUAACCAAAUUGUCCCCUCUUUAGCCAAUACAGACAAAGGUCUGAGACCUGAAGCUAAAAGAGUACCCUCGACUGUCCACAACCUUAUAAUGUGAUGUGUAAAAUAAGUUUAAAUAACUAUCUUUUGUAAACAUGUUUUGCUUUUAAAUUGAUAUAAAUCACCUUUUUUUUUACAAAAACAAAGCGUUAUUAUUUAUCUAAGUUGGAAGUCUAUAAGUAACUCAGUUUCUACCAUACCUUUCAAAAGAUCUCUGGAAGACUGAGUGAGCAUUUCAUUAGCAUUCUCCAUUAGGCUAAACAGCCAGUCAAUAAACUGUGAAUAAAUUUAAAACUCAAAUGUUAGAAUUGGUUUUUUUUUAAAAUUAAAAUAACUCAAUCAAGCCUUCUCAACUUUGUCUAGACAUGUUGGAAUACAGUUAUUGCCAUCUCAAAAGUCACCGAUUAUGUGGGUUGGUGCAGAUGGGAAAUGUAGUUCAAAGCAUUGGGAGAGAGGGAGGGGUAACAAAACAUUGGAGAAACCUGCUUUAAUUAAAGUUGACAAGCUGA